AGGUGGUUCAUGGCACUAGACGGUUUGUGGAGAGGGAAGCCCAUUACAGUCUGGGCUCUGUGAUUAGUGGAGUACUGCAGUGUGUGAUUCAUACAUUUGUGACAGUUUUGGUCUCGUGUAACUCUCUCGAAGCGGCAAUGUGUUUAUGCUGGUGAAAAGUGCCAGUUGGGCUCUUUAUGCUGGAGUUGGGAUUCUGUUGGUGUAACCAUCAAGCAUGAAGUGGAAUUUGUUUAAGAAGAAGCCCGAGGCCAUGGUGGGGCCUGAGCCAACAGGAGCCAGCGCUCUGACCGUAGCCCCCGCCGUCUCCACACCUGCAGACAACUCCACCGAACAGCAGGGCCACGUCACCAAGAAUGACGUUUUUGGUGACAUCAAAAACAAGUUUCUCAAUGAGAUGGACAAGCUGCCAUUGCCUUCCUGGGCCAUCAUUGCCAUCGCUAUCGUGGCAGUGGUGCUCAUCCUCACCUGCUGUUUCUGCGUCGUUAAAAAGACCUGCCUUAAGAAGAAAAAAGGCAAGAAGGGAAAGAAAGGCAAGGGAGACAUGGGAAUGAAGAACAUGAAGGGAGGAGAGAAACAGGAAGAGGAUGAUGAUGAAGAAGAUAUAGACAUGGGAAUCGCUGAAGAGCAAGAGGAAGAACCCAAAGAAAAGGAGAAGCUCGGAAAACUGCAAUUUUCCUUGGAUUAUGACUUCGCUGACAGCAAGCUGACGGUGGGCAUCCUGCAAGCUGCAGAUCUUCUCUCUAUGGACAGUGGAGGCACCUCUGACCCGUACGUCAAAGUUUUCAUUCUCCCAGACAAGAAGAAGAAGUAUGACACCAAGGUGCACAAGAAAACCCUUAACCCCGUCUUCAACGAGACUUUCAACUUCAAGAUUCCAUUCAAUGAAAUGGGUGGGAAGACUCUGGUCAUGUCCGUGUACGACUUUGACCGUUUCUCGAAGCAUGACGUUAUCGGUGAGGUGAAGAUUCCCAUGAACACGCUGGAUCUUGCACAGCCCAUCGAGCAAUGGAGAGACCUGGACAGUGCUGAGAAAGAAGAGCCUGAAAAGCUUGGAGAUAUCUGCAUCUCUCUGCGUUAUGUACCGACAGCUGGAAAACUCACUAUCUGCAUCCUGGAAGCUAAGAACCUGAAAAAGAUGGAUGUUGGAGGACUCUCAGAUCCCUAUGUGAAGAUUCACCUUCUACAAAACGGAAAGCGUCUGAAGAAGAAGAAGACCACGGUGAAGAAGAACACGCUGAAUCCCUACUACAACGAAUCCUUCAGCUUUGAGAUCCCGCAGGAUCAGAUGCAGAAAAUCCAAGCCGUGAUCACAGUGCUCGACUACGACAAGAUCGGCAAGAACGACGCGAUCGGGAAGAUCUGGGUGGGCAGCAAAGCACAGGGCACCGAGCUGAGACACUGGUCCGACAUGCUGGCGAACCCCCGCCGGCCCAUCGCCCAAUGGCAUCCGCUCAAACCCGAGGAGGAGGUGGAUGCGACGUUAGCAGCCCUCACUGCCAAGAAGUAAUCUUGCCACUUCCCCUCUUCUUUCCUCCUUUGCCCUCUCUACCACUUUCCCUUUCUUUCUUUCACUUGCACAACACAUCAUCUUAACCAAUCAGCACUGAAUUACAGCCGUGGGCCAUCAGACUAGAGACAAGAAGAACACAAAUCGCUCUCGUCAGCUACUACAAAUUGAGAUAGCGGCGGAUCAGGGUUGCGUUUGAUCUAAUGGGGUACCUGAAGACAGACUGUUUUAACUUCUAUCGAGGAGUAAAGGGGGAGAUCAUAUUUCAGCACAUUUACAAGCAUUCAACUGAUCAACAGCAUUCCAGAUGUUCUGCAUCGGUGACCAGGGAUAGAAAACACUGCCUAAUUUUAACACAUUUCUUCUAGAUUCUCUGGUCAUCUUGAUCUAUAAGUUCUGUUACGUUAGCCAAGUCUGAAAGGACAGUAAUGAUUCAUCAUUGUGAAUAUGAAAAAAACGUAGGGAAUGGUUGGACUAGAUGCUCCAGCGAGAAGGAAUUUUUCAGGUGUCGUCGAAAACACUGCCUGCGAACAACCUUUUCUUCCAUCCUUCAGUUCGAACGGUCAGUCGGAUCCCACCGCUGACCGACGUCCUAACAAAACCCUGACAAAAAGGAGACAAGCCUUCAAACAUCACGAUAAAAGCAAUUCUUAGCCGCCAGGGACGUCUUCCUGUUAGCAUCGGUGUUUUUAUCCUUUGCUUCGGUUCGUUGUGUUAAAUGUUUUCUGCCUGAGCACUUUAAACUGAAGUGUGUUUUCGUUCAAUUGUAUUUUUACUUGCUUUGUUUUGAUUCAUGUCCUGGAUCAAUUUAUCAAUUCACACCACUUUGUUUUGGUUUACACCAGAAGUUGAUAUGGUUUAAUGAGAAGUGACGUUAUGACAGAGGGCGAUGUUAUGCAUGUAUUUACUACAUAAAUUACCAAACCGCUGAACUUAUUUGCACUACUGGAUGUUGCUCUGUCAAUUUCAGUCUGUACUUUUUUGAUGGUGCAUUCUUGAUUCGAGUUGCAUUGGAAAAAGGGAACUUGUAUCAUCUGAAUCAGCUGCUGACAGUGCCAGUAAUUGUUGUGAGAAUGUAAAUAUCAUUUAGCUGAUGAACGACACAGAACUACACAGUAAAUCUUCAGGCGAACGAUCCUCAUCUUCCCAGCGAAAGUGUUUGGGAUUAUGAUACCUUGGGUGAAAUUGCACGCCUGAAUCUGAUGGCGAUUUCUUUAUGGAGAAUAAUAAUUUAGUGCGUGUCGACUUUUAAAUAAGGCCAAAUGUCACAGGUUUAGAUUUCCAAGGGUGGGUUUAAAGGGAUUGAAGGUUUGUGUGCUCAUCAUGCUUAAACCCAAGAUAAACGACACAUUCUCGUGAGGAAAUUUCACUCGAGGGACUUUUAGUGCUUUCCAAGAAACACUCAAGUAGAAUAUUUAACUCAUUUUGGAGGACUCGAAUGCAAAACUUAAAGUGAAAUGUUAAAAUGAAAAGGUCGCCAUUCAAACUACAAAUCUUGAAACAAGAAGUGCGAAAUUUAUUAUCUGACCCUGCUGUGAAGUAGGUAGGGGUAGGGUUAAGGGCUAAAAAUCUAAUAUGUAACCCUGGACCACAAAACCAGUCAUUAGCAUUUUUUUAGAUUUAUACAUAAUCUGAAAGCUGAUCUACAAGCUUUUUCAUUGAUGUAUGGUUUAUUAUGAUAGGACAAUAUUUGUCCGAGAUAUAAUUAUUUAACUCAUUCCCCGCCAGCCUUUUUUGAAAAGUUGCCCACCAGCAUUUUUUGUGAUUUUCACAAAAGUUUCAGAAAAUGUCUUCCAGGAAAAUUUUCUUCUAAAAAUAUAUAAACAUACAAAUAUAUCAAAUGAAAGAACAGACCAUCUGCUUUCAAACAA